GCCAUGCUGGGCGCCAUGCUGCACACACUGCUGCUGCUGCUGGCUGAGCUGGGGGGCUUGCUGGCAUCAGGACCCGAUUCUCAAAGUUCAUUUCUAGAAAUCGUAUUUCCAGAGAAAAUUGAAGAUAAAACAAACUCAGAAGAACAGAUAUCCUAUGUUAUUCCAAUAAACAAGAAGCAGUACACUGUGCAUCUCCAGAAAAGAUAUUUUUUAACAAAUCGUUUUAUGGUUUAUAUGUAUAGUCAAGGAUCUACGAGUUUUCAUUCUCCAAACAUUCUGGCUCAGUGCUAUUAUCAAGGACACAUCAAAGGCUACCCGAACUCGGUUGCCACCCUCAACACGUGCUCUGGACUGAGAGGGUUCCUGCAGUUUGAGAAUGUGUCCUAUGGAAUUGAGCCCCUGCAAUCUGGAUCUACAUCUCAACACAUUGUUUAUAAGCUAGGGAACAAAGAGAAGGAGUUGAUAUUUAACAAAAACAGCAGAAACAUAGAGAUGCCUAUGCACUAUGGCAUUUUAAUCAACAAAAAGCCAAAAUCACCUUUUAAAAACUUGUUUCCCCUCUAUCUAGAGAUGAGUAUUGUGGUGGACAAAGCGCUGUAUGAUUACUUGGGCUCUGACAGCAUGAUUGUAACAAAUAAAAUCAUUGAAAUUAUCAGUCUCAUAAAUUCAGUGUUUGCCCAACUCAAGAUUACUAUUGUGUUGUCCUCACUGGAGUUGUGGUCAGAUAAGAAUAAGAUUCCUACAGUUGGUGAAGCAGAUGAAUUAUUGCAUAGAUUUCUAGAAUGGAAGCAAGCCUACCUUACCCUAAGACCUCAUGAUGUCGCGUAUCUAUUCAUUUAUAACGAGUACCCAAAUUACAUGGGAGCAACGUAUCCUGGGAAGAUGUGUACUGCCCACUACUCUGCAGGAAUCACGAUGUAUCCCAAGGAAAUGACCUUGGAGGCCUUUUCAGUGAUUCUCACCCAGAUGCUGGGGCUCAGUCUGGGGAUAUCGUAUGACGAGCCUGAGAAAUGCCACUGCUCUGAAUCCAUCUGCAUCAUGAAUCCCAGGGCUAUGCAAUAUACAGGUGUGAAGUCAUUUAGCAAUUGCAGUUUGAAUGACUUUGAACAUUUUAAAUCGAACGAAGGUACCAAAUGUCUGCAGAAUAAGCCACAGAUGCAAAGGAGUGCAGCAGCGGUCUGUGGAAAUGGCAAGGUGGAGGGCGAUGAAAUUUGUGACUGUGGCUCUGAAGCAGAAUGUGGGCCUGAUAGCUGUUGUGAACCUAAAAGAUGUGUUCUGAAGACAGGAAGUGCUUGUGACAGCAAAUCUCCCUCAUCAACAUGCUGCAGAGCUUGUCAGUUUUUACCAGAAAAACAUCGAUGUAGGCCAGAAAAGCAUCUAUUCUGUGACAUUCCUGAAGUCUGCAAUGGGAGCUCAGGAAAUUGUCCACCUGAUGUAACUAUAAACGAUGGGCACGUUUGCAGAGACAACGGGGCUAUCUGUUAUAAUGGGGACUGUCCCGACCUGGACAAGGAGUGCGAGUCAAGAUAUGGGGCAGGUUCAAAGAAUGCUCCAUUUGCCUGCUAUGAAGAAAUCCAGGGCCAAAAUGAUAGGUUUGGCAACUGUGGCAAAGACAACCAAAACAGAUAUGUGUUCUGUGGAUGGAGGAAUCUCAUAUGUGGGAGAUUGAUUUGUACGUACCCUAGCCGAGUUCCUUACGACCCACCCAAUAGCAGUACAGCUUCUGUGAUCUAUGCUUUUGUGCGAGACAAAGUGUGUAUAACUGUGGACUUCGGAUCGAGUGUCAAAGAAGAUCCACUCAGGGUUGUUAAUGGAGCUACAUGUGAUCUUGAUAGGAUCUGCUUAAAUGGCGUGUGCGUAGAAUCGAGAUUUCUUAAGGAUAAAUCAAAAACGUGUUCAUCCAAGUGCCACGGGCAUGGAGUGUGCAACUCUCUUGGUGCCUGCCAUUGCAAUGAGGGCUUCUCACCGCCCAGCUGUGAAUAUCCUGUGGGAAAAAGGUCAUCCUCUCUGUGGUUGGGCAAGCAUGAUCUGCCCAUGGAAGGAGCAUCUAAGAACCAAGAAAAGAAGUGGCUUUUAAGUUUGUACAUUGUCUUAAUUAUCCUUGCUUCAGUGUUUCUCAUAGGCACAGGGUGGAAAGGCUGGAAACAGUGCCUUUCCAAGGAAGAGGAGUCCAUGAGUAGCGAAAGCAAAUCAGAAGACAGCACUUACACCUAUGUCAGCAGAUCAAAUUCUGAGGCAACCAGUACGACACCUACGAGCAGUUAAUUGCUACCCUUGCAGCAGCAGCAGCAGCAGCAUCAACAGCAACAGGAGGAGGAGGAGGAGGAGGAGGAGGAGGAG